CUUCGGCGUCUCCAAAGUUUGGAACUUUGAAACCCCUCCUCCGCUGCUCUCCUUCGGAGUUCUGACCAUUUCUCUCCAAUCCUUCAUCUCUCUCUUAUCUCUUCACCUCCACCUCUCCUCCUCUUUGUUUCCAUUUCCAAUUCUCCUAAGAAUCCCUUCUCUCUCUGUCCUCUCGGCCGGUGGAAGAUGUCGUUGGCGUCGCAGGAGAAUAUGGAGAAGAUGCAGCUGCGGCAGAACUACCGCAAUCUUUGGCACACCGACCUCAUCAGCACCAUGCAGGCCGACUUCCCUUACUGCUGCUUGGCGCUGUGGUGUGCUCCAUGUGUGUCAUACAUGCUCCGCAAAAGGGCUCUUUAUAAUGACAUGUCAAGGUACGUCUGCUGUGCUGGUUAUCUACCAUGUAGUGGCAGAUGUGGAGAAAGUCGAUGCCCAGAGUUUUGUCUUGGUGCUGAGGUUUUUCUCUGCUUUGGUAAUUCAGUUGCCUCAACACGCUUCUUGCUGCAAGAUGAAUUCAAUAUCCAGACAACCCAAUGCGACAACUGCAUUAUUGCAUUCAUGUUCUUCCUCCAACAAAUUGCGUGUAUAUUUUCCAUCAUUGCAAUGAUUGUUGGAAGUAAUGAGAUUCAAGAAGCAGCGCAGAUACUGUCCUGCUUUGCUGACAUGGUUUACUGCUCGGUCUGUGCAUGCAUGCAGACACAGCAUAAGAUUGAAAUGGACAAGAGGGAUGGAAAGUUUGGGCCAGGACCGAUGAUGGCUGCACCUCCAUUUCAGCAGAUGUCACGAAUAGAACAGCCUAUUCCACCAUCUGUUGGAUAUGCACCCCAACAAGCAUAUGGGCAACCGUAUGGAUAUCCACCUCCCUCUCAAGGCUAUGGCUACCCACCUGCUUACUCCUCGGCUCCCUACCCGCCAGCUGGUUAUCCUCCUGCUGGCUAUUCCAAGUAGACAUGAAUGCUUUUACCCAAAGUGUAAAAUCACUAUGAUAAUUUUCUCUCAAAGAACUUGUUUGCUGAAGUAUAUGAGUGUACAUCCACAGAAGUCAUUUUUUGAUCGUCCAGGAUUUCAGAAAUGCCAGGGAGCUGGUUUGUUAAAGUCUGAACAAUAGACAAUGUGUGCAUGUUGGUGAUUGGGUGACUUUUUCAUCUGUAUUAUUUGUCUUGUAAUGUCUCUUGCUUGCAAUGGUAUUUGUCUUCCCCACUUUCCA